CAAAUGAUCCGUGUCAAUGUUAUAUACCUCGAGAAGCGAUACGUUCAAAACAUUCAUUCUCUUGUACACAAGGCUUUCGUGAAGCUCAAACUUGAUGUUUGGAAAUAAAAAAACCGCAACUUUGGAGUCGGGUCGUGUUGCUCCGGCCGCGGACGCUAAAAAGAAGAACUCUAAAGCGAAGCAAGGAAGAUGGUUGGAGCGAGGACUAUCGAGUCAGAGGGUGUUGAUGAAUGGACUGGACGAGGGUUUGAGUCCAAUUCCAGGAUCCCACAGACACAAGCUCUUUCAAGUCGUUAAAUUAGUCAAGAAUGGUCAUCUAUUCUUCUUACAGCAGUCCGAUCUCUACAACAGUAACGUAUUCAGGUGCAACUUUUUCGGAGCUUCGUACAUCGCAGUCAUUGACUUUAAAGGCAUCAAGGCUCUAUUCGAUACAAACAAGGUCGAGAAAGAACCAGGAUUCGGCAAUUUUCGAUUCAACAAAGAUCUUCUGGAUGGCUACAUACCAUCCAUGUUCACUAAUGGUGAACAGCACAUAAAACAGAAAGAAUUCCUCAUCAAGAUAGCGAGGAGUAUGAAGAUGCAGACGCUUUUACCAACGAUCCUUGACAUCAUGCCGGAACAUCUGAUUAAAUGGAACUUUAAGGAAGGGAAAGGCACCGCAACUCAAGAAGAAUGGGAAGAGAGAAUCCUGUUACUGUCCAGUGAUAUCAUGAGCGAGACCCUCUUGGGAAUAAGACUGGAUGGUGAAGCAUUCUUAAACUGGCGCUUUGAAGUCUUGAAGAAAACUAAAAAAGACUGUAAAGGACAACCAAAAGGAAAACACAGAAUUGCAUUAGGAGCCUUUGAACAUCUACAGGCGUCCAUUGCUAACUCGCCAAACAUCGACCGUAUCUACAAGACAGCGGCGAAAUAUGGAUUGAGCGAGGAGGAAGCUGUGCUUGAGAUAUUAUGGAUGUUAAAUUUUAACGCUGGACCCGGAACAGGCGCAGCUAUGAGGUCAGCGGCUGCUCGUAUAUCAAUAAUGAGUGAAAAAGAAAAAGACGAGCUACGACAGGAGAUCAAGACACACCUGGGGACGAUAGGGUUGAACCUAAAAACACUAAAAAAGAUGAAGAAACUGGACGCUUUUACUAUGGAGGUGUUACGAAUUCACCCUCCUGUCGCUCUUUACUUUGCUAAAGCACGUAAAAGUUUCGUCCUCGAGUCCAAUUCUGGAAAGUUCAGGAUACGAAAAGGCGAGAGAUUGCUGGGUAAUUGCCACAUCGCACAGAGAGACCCUAGUGAGUUUAUCGUGGAAAGUUGCAAAGGGGUGGACGAGUUCGACUACACGAGGUUCCUAGUAAAUCCGGCUUUGAAAUCCAAAGUUUUGUGUUCACAUGGCAUGAUGUCCGAGAGCCCAACUCCUAACAAUCACAAGUGUGCAGGCGCUCACGUGGGCAUCAUCACACUCAAGACGUUUAUUCUUUAUCUGAUCUUAUUCUGUGACUGGGAACUUGAGGAAAAACCUUAUUGGACAAGAACCACUUUGAUUCGCUAUGGCAACCCUGACGAACCAAUCAGGUUGAAGACGUUUAAAUAUACACGAGAUAAGGAGGAACUUCUACUCCCUGAUGAACAAUCAGAUUCAGGUGAAUCAACAGAGGAUGAGCUCGAUGGCUGCCCAGACUUGCGAUGUCCCAUCCCACACAACAUGCAGGACCCCAAUGAAGAGGUUUAAGAUCACCAAGCACUAUUAUAUACAACUCACAUAAACUGGUUUAGUGAAUGAGGAACUUAAGGAACUUGUACAAAUAUUCAUUCUCUACAAAAUGGCUCAAGUAUUAACAUGUCAAUCAAUACAAGAAUCAAACAAAUGAUAUUUUUUACCCAUACAUACAAACAAACAAAAAAGAACAAUGGACAUGGAUUACAGAAUGGAACAAAGCGCUUAAGUGGCUUCCUGAGUCAAGUAUGCUACAAUGAAAUGGUUUCGCGUAAGUUGCAAGAUUAUCACAUAAUGGAAUGGCUUCCAACUAGUUAGAAUGGCUUCCUAUUAUAUUUGUAGUGGGAACUUAUAUAGCACCAAAAUGGCUUCCAAGUAGUUGCGGCGAAAUGGUUUCCAUUAAUUGCAAUGAACAAACAGAAGACUAAAAGGGCUUCACAUUAUAGUUGCCGUGGGACAUUAGUAGCACCAAAAUGGCUUCCAAGUAGUUGGGACAAGAUAUACUUGAACACUGAAAUGGUUUCCAUUAAUUGCAAUGAGCAUACUAGAACACAAGAAUGGCUUCCCAUCACAGUUGCACAUUAUAUAACAGUGGAAUGGCUUCCACUUCUUGUCCAAUCACAACACAGAAAAGCUGAUUACUUAGAUAAUAUUGCCAGGUGGGCACAACCCACUCUAAUAGACAUGGUGUUAUAUCUAAAUUUUUAACAUCUUUUAUCAUUUCCAAGACAUUCAAUCAUAAAUUUUAAUUUCAUACUUAAAAAUGAAAUGUAACAAAACUUUUCUAAGAUGUUUUGGUUAAUAACUUUUAAAGUGCUACUACGACGAAAAUCGCUCAAACUUGGAUUCAGCUGAAACUUCCUAAAAAUACUC